AUGAGUUUUCCCAGCGUUCGUACUAGAGGAUAUUUACCAAUUGAAGAUUAUGGAUUAUUUGGUAAUUUACGUACGGUCGCAUUAUGUGGAACAGAUGGAUCGAUUGAUUUCAUGUGUUAUCCAAAGUUUGAUAGACAUUUCUCAAUUGCGCCAUUAACUCAUAAAAGUGAAAAGCAACAAUAUCUUCCCAGUACCAAUAUUUUAUCAACUCGUUUUCUAUCCGAUCAGGGUGUAAGUGGAAUCACUGAUUUUAUGCACAUUCCUGUAAAAACGGAUAAUCCUCGGACCUUACUUCCUUGGUUAAUUCGUCACGUCGAAGUUACUCGUGGUGAAGUCGAUUUUCAUUUGGAAUUAUUUCCUGCAUUUAAUUAUGCUCGUGAUUCUCACACUACGAAAAUUGUUGAUAAUAAAAUUGAUUCAACUUUACCACCAAAAUUGAAUACAAAUGAUUUGGGAAAUAAGAAAAUUAUUUUUUCUUCAGAUACUAUGGAUAUGGAUUUUAGAUUUGUGAUAAAAGCUAGUGAAAAAGGUUUACCAAAUAUUGAAUUCAAAUUGGUUGAAUCUGAAGUAUUUAAAGGUCCUGGAAUAGUGACUAAUUUUACUUUGAAAGAAAAACAAGAAGGAAGAUGGAGGGAACAUGUUCAUAGGAGUGCUUUGACUUUGAAAUUGUUGACUUAUGAACCAACAGGAGCAGCAAUAGCAUCCCCAACUUUUGGUCUUCCGGAAGAAAUAGGGGGGGAAAGAAAUUGGGAUUAUCGUUUCACCUGGGUUCGAGAUUCUGCAUUCACACUUUAUGCUUUAAUGAGAAUAGGAAUGACUGAAGAAGCGAAAUUAUAUAUGAAAUUCAUGGAAGAAAGGUGCAAAGAUUUGAAUGAAGAUGGGUCACUUAAUAUAAUGUAUAGUAUUGAUGGUCAUAAAGAAUUGACUGAAAUAGAACUUGAUCAUUUAGAAGGAUAUUUAGGUUCACGUCCUGUACGUAUAGGUAACGGAGCCUAUGACCAUUUACAACUUGAUAUUUAUGGGGAAUUAUUGGAUGCGGUAUAUCUAUUUAAUAAACUUGGUAGUCCAAUUUCUUAUGAUACUUGGGUCAAUAUUAAAAAAAUGGUAAAUUAUGUUUGUGAUAAUUGGGAUAAACCUGAUAUGAGUAUUUGGGAAGUUAGAGGAAAGCAACAGAAUUUUACUUAUUCUAAAAUUAUGUGUUGGGUUGCUGUUGAUCGAGGAAUAAGAUUUACCGAGAAAAGAGAAUUUCCAUGUUCAGAUCGUUUUAAAUGGUUAAGUGUUCGGGAUAAAAUCUAUGAACAAGUUAUGGAAAAAGCAUGGAAUCCUCAACUUCAAAUAUUUGCACAAUCCUAUGAAUCUAUUGAUGCGUUGGAUUCAUCUGUUUUAAUUAUGCCAUUAGUAUUUUUCAUUAGUCCAACGGAUCCACGAUUUUUGAGCACUAUGAGAAAAAUUAUGAAACCUCCUACUGAAGGAGGCCUUUUGGAAAAUAGUCUUGUAUAUAGAUAUGACUUUGUUAGUACUGAUGAUGGAUUAAGAGGAGACGAAGGAUCAUUCUCAAUGUGUACAUUCUGGUUAGUGGAAGCUUUGACUCGAGCAGGAAAAUAUGAUAAAAAGUUAUUAGAGAAAGCCGAAAUUAUAUUUGAACGAAUGAUUGGAUACGGAAAUCAUUUAGGAUUGUAUAGUGAAGAAAUUGCUAGAAGUGGUGAACUGUUAGGUAAUUUCCCCCAGGCAUUUACUCAUAUUGCUUUUAUCAGCGCUGCAUUUAAUUUAGAUCGUGUUUUAACUGAACGAAGUGGAAAAAGACCUCGUUUGGUUUGGACCAAAGAAGAAGAUGAAGCUUUGUUUAACGCUAUUAAUUCGGUGUUAACAGGACAAUGGAAAGAAGUUUGCACAAAAAAUCCCAUACUAAAAGCUCGCGGAACUAGUAUGGUCGCUCAAAGGUUCAGAACAAAGAUUCGUUAUUUUGUUGGUGGCAAUGCAGAAAGAACCAAGCAAUAA